AAACUUGUGAUUUUCAGGUAAAUCACUAUUAUCACUCACAAUUUGGAGAAGUUGAAUGGUAAACCUUUUUUUAAUUGAAAUGAGGAUUCUUUGGUUCUUCAUCAGUGCAACACGAGUGUAUACCUCAAGCUAUUCUGGGAAUGGAUGUUAUUUGCCAAGCAAAAUCUGGAAUGGGGAAGACUGCUGUUUUUGUUCUCUCAACAUUGCAGCAGAUAGAACCUGUUGCAGGUCAAGUUGCUGCUCUUGUUCUAUGUCAUACAAGGGAACUAGCAUACCAGAUUUGUCACGAAUUUGAGCGGUUCAGUACAUACUUGCCAGACAUCAAAGUUGCUGUUUUUUAUGGUGGCGUCAACAGCAAAAUCCACAAAGAUCUUCUGAAGAAUGAAUGCCCUCACAUUGUUGUUGGAACACCUGGGAGGAUACUUGCUCUAGCAAAAGACAAGGACCUUUCUUUGAGGAAUGUGAGGCAUUUCAUACUGGAUGAAUGUGAUAAGAUGCUUGAAUCUCUUGAUAUGAGGAGAGAUAUCCAGGAGAUUUUCAAGAUGACUCCUCAUGACAAGCAGGUGAUGAUGUUUUCGGCCACACUCAGCAAGGAGAUACGACCAGUUUGCAAAAAAUUUAUGCAAGAUCCUAUGGAAAUUUAUGUGGACGACGAGGCCAAGUUAACCCUUCAUGGUCUCGUACAGCACUACAUCAAAUUGAGCGAGCUGGAGAAGAACCGCAAGCUGAAUGACUUAUUGGAUGCACUGGACUUCAAUCAAGUCGUCAUCUUUGUCAAGAGUGUCAACAGAGCAGCGGAGCUUAAUAAGUUGCUUGUCGAGUGCAAUUUUCCGUCUAUUUGUAUCCAUUCUGGCAUGUCUCAGGAAGAAAGAUUGACACGCUACAAGGGCUUCAAGGAAGGGCAUAAGAGGAUUCUCGUGGCUACAGAUUUGGUCGGUAGAGGAAUUGACAUUGAAAGGGUCAACAUUGUUAUUAACUAUGACAUGCCUGAUUCUGCGGACACUUAUCUGCACAGGGUACUUAUUAUUUUAUCAUUUCACUAAUCCCCUGU